CAGGAAAGAAGGUCGAGGAGAGAGAGAGAGAGAGAGAGAGAGAGGGGAAAAGCAAACGCUGAGAAUUUCAGCCCGUGUGUCGAGCUCAGCCAUUUCCUUGAAUCAUAAUCUGAUUUGUGGACUGUGAAGCCGGAGAGGGAGAGACAGAGAGCUGAGACAGAGGGGUGAGAGGAGCACCCAUCUCUUCAACCCCCUCCUUCUGAUCGCCGGAGCCAUAGGAAGAGGCUUCACACACACACACACACACACAUACACACACAGAGCCAAAAAGCAGCACACACGGCUAGGCCGCAAGUCAUUAGUUCUUGGUGGACAAGCACUGACAAAAGGCUGGAGGGAGAAGGCUGCAUGAGUGCUUGGAGAGCAACCACAGGAACUAUGGAGGGCUGAGCACACGGACACUCUAAUGCUUUCUUGUUUGUUUGGGAUUUUUUUUUUUUAUUUGGUCUGUGGAAGGAGGAAGCGCAGAGGAUUGUGUCACAAGUGAGCUACAACAAGCUACAACAAGCAAGGAAGAGAAAGCACUUCCUUGUGUUGCGGAUCUGCUGGCGUCUGUGUUGGAAGUGAGCACAGGCGGUCCACGUCGUCCGUUCUGCCGCUCUUGCGGCUGCGCCUAAGGUCGCUCUGAAGACCACCUGAAAAUGUUGUUGCUGUUGUGUGGACACCAACGUGGUUUGCUCAGCCUGGAAUGUCUCCAUCAUGGGUCUCAAUGCCGGUGGUGGUGCUGCUGCUGCUGAGAGGAUUACGGCAGGAGAGAAGAGUUAUCUGCGGUCUCAAGAAGAUCUCUAAAGCGAGGAGAGGAUUUCUUUUUCAGCGAGGGACACAGACACUGUUUGCUCUAAGGUUCCUGUGCUGAAACAUUUGCCUGGGCAGCGUUCGUUUCCCUUUAACCACCUCAGGAACUGGUCCGAAGAAGAGGACGAAACACCACACAGGGGCCACGAGCUGGAUAACGAGAAAAGGCAGAGGCGGCGUUGAAAUCUACAUGCAUGCAGAACUAAAAGUUGCCACACUGACACUGUUUCCAGGUCAUAGUGGAGUGGGAGGAGACUGAUCGCUCUUGUUUUGUUUUUUCCUGCCAAACACAUUUCUCCUCAAAGCUGAAAGCCCCUGUUUUUUUCCGCUCAGUGACAUCUGCCAUCAACCCUGAGGACUGGUUUCCUUUCUAUUAAUUGGUGUAAUAAUCCCGAGACUUAAUAAACAAGUAGGCGCGCAGGCAGACAGAAAACACCGAGUCUCUCCCGGUGAGAGGAAGGGGGCGGGGGGGAGGAAAAAACACACACACACACACACACACACACAGUCUGGACUUUUGAUAUUUAUGUUACCUUGACAGCAACCAGAAAUCUUGGCUGCCUGUCCCAUUUUCCUCUGCGGUGGUUCGGUAACCAAGCGAUGGCCAUGGUGAGUGGGGGCUGGGGAGAUCCCAAUGGGGGCACUAACGGGCUGGGGGACAAGGGCUACCUGAGGGGGGAGGAGGAAGACGGCUCCCCCCAGGCGGGAGGCAGCGACAUGGAAGCCGGAGACGAUGACAAGGCCUGCGUGGUGGACUGCGUUGUGUGCGGGGACAAAUCCAGCGGGAAACAUUACGGGGUGUUCACCUGCGAGGGCUGCAAGAGCUUCUUCAAAAGGAGCGUCAGGCGCAACCUCAGCUACACAUGCAGGUCAAACAGAGAGUGUCAGAUUGACCAGCACCACAGGAACCAGUGCCAGUACUGUCGCCUGAAGAAGUGUUUCCGUGUUGGUAUGCGCAAAGAAGCAGUUCAACGCGGUCGCAUCCCACCUCAGCCGAGCCUCAGCCCCUCCAUCACACCCAUAGGUGGUGCCAGCGGCCUUGGAGGUGGUGAGUUUUAUAACAACAACAAUGGAGGUAGUGGUGGUGGUCAGCCAGUGUCAGAACUUAUUUCCCAGCUGCUGCGAGCUGAGCCUUACCCCAACAGUCGCUAUGGACACCAGUACAACCAGCAGGCCGGUCCAGAUAAUGCUAUGGGCAUAGAUAAUAUCUGUGAACUGGCUGCCCGGUUACUCUUCAGCACAGUGGAGUGGGCCAGAAACAUCCCUUAUUUCCCUGAGCUGCCUGUGUCAGACCAGGUGGCCCUGCUGAGACUUAGCUGGAGCGAGCUGUUCAUCCUCAGCGCAGCCCAGUCAGCCCUGCCGCUCCACAUGGCGCCCCUUUUGGCUGCGGCCGGUUUCCACUCCUCUCCUAUGUCUGCGGAGCGCGUGGUGUCCUUCAUGGACCAGGUGAGGGUGUUCCAAGACCAGGUGGACAAGCUGACCAGGCUGCAGGUGGACUCCGCCGAGUACAGCUGUCUCAAGGCCAUCGCGCUGUUUUCGCCAGAUGCCUGUGGUCUAACAGACCCAGUACACGUGGAGUCUCUGCAGGAGAAGGCUCAGGUGGCUCUGACAGAGUACGAGAGGAUGCAGUACCCGAGUCAGCCUCAGCGCUUCGGCCGCCUCCUCCUGCGCCUGCCCGCCCUGCGUGCCGUUCCUGCCAGCCUCAUCUCCCAGCUCUUUUUCAUGCGCCUGAUAGGAAAGACACCCAUUGAGACACUCAUCCGGGACAUGCAGCUCUCCGGAAACUCAAUCAGCUGGCCGUAUGUCCCAGGACAGUAGCCCCCUGACAGACGAGGUCUCCGUCUGGUAAUAGUGACGACAAGGACCCACAGGAAUCCUCCUGACUCAUCACUGUCCAUCUGUGUGGUUAUCAAACUGCAGUGCCAGCUGGCCAUCAUAUGCACUGUACUGUAACCACUCAAUUCCCCCUCAUGUAUGAGCCCUCCGUCUCCACAUGGGCCUCCAGAAGAAGAGAGUAGAAGAAUAGAGUAGCCAGUGCCAAGCUGGAGCUGUCUUGUUGCCAGUGCCGUCAUUCUGGUGCCAGGUCUCAGGCCAGAGACCAGCUCCUCAUGCUGGGCUCCGAUAUGGCCACCACAGCCAGUCAUGUCACCACCCACAUGUCACAGUGACUAAAGACUCUGCAGUUUCAUGUAGAGGGCAGCAGCACCCCACUACAAGUACAUUUAGAGAACAAAACUGUCCUGCCAGUGAACGUCGGAGGAACAGUAUUUCCCACACCGGGCUCAUCUUCCAUGGUUCACCAUUUGUGAUACAGUAACCUUUUUAACCAAAUAACUGACAGCAGGAUGAUCCGGUAUCAUCACUAUUAUGGAUCGUGCGCCUCGCUGUUGAAGGGAAACUCUUGACUUUUACUGCUCUCUUGCCUGAGCACCGAGGAAGACACUAAGGUGCUAGUGAAAAGGAGCAGAAGGGAAAUUAAACCAAGGAUAAUUCACCAAAGUCUAUCACAUCAUCCUCCGAGAUGGUUCCUACACAGAGAAAAAAAAAAAAAGAUGAACUGACUUGUGUCUGCCUGACCGUCAAGUGAACAGCACAUUUAAAUUCAUCCACAGGGCUCACUGUUGGUGUAGUUGAAGAUUAAAAAAAAAAAAAAUGGCAUAGUAACACAAGAAUGGACUAAUACCUCACUAGACAUCAGAAUGCUUUAGUCUGAUAUGUCCUAAACGCAAACCUCUGUAAAUGUUGUUCACCAGAAAUCGCCUUCUUUUUGACAGCUGCCUUGUUUUUCAGUACAAAUUUGGGACACCUAUAUGAGUCUUACACCCCCCCCACAGAGUGAUUUUCAGUUGUCUACUAAAUAUGAGUUUUGACUCACUGAAUACGGUGCAUUCAGCAUUAUUUUGAUCACACCUUUGUUUUUACACAGACACUGAGAAACGGCAGACUGACGACUAACUUGAACUCGAGUUCCAUUAUUUGAAACAACUCUAAAUAAUAAGAAUUAACUUGACAAAUGCAGCUCAGAGAGUUAACAAUCGACACUACCGGUUAAAUCCCAGUUUGCGUUUCUGGAGAACACGAUCUCUUGAAAACUGUAAUGAAACGUGUACAUAUAUAUAUUGAGGCCAGCUUUGUCUUUUUUGCAUGUUCAACUGUUAUUUUGGAUCUCUGCUAAGUUGAUACUGUUUCAUUAUUUUUUAUGUAAUUAAAGGUUCAUUUAAACAUUAAAGUAUUUGCCUUCGAUGGUAGCUCCAAAAUGUUCCUUUUUUUUUCCUACGUGUAUUUACAUGAAAAUACCUCUGUCAUCUGUUAAGAUGUCAAGAAAGAAACUGAAUGCCAUGGCAACUAAUAUGACGUAGAGCCGUUCACGCGCUCAUCUCUUAGCAUGUUGAGUGUGUCUCUACUGUUGGGAAUGAUGUGAGACAAUGUUGUAUUUGAUGAGGAUCCGGUGGAAAGACUGCAUUUGCAGGAUAUUUAAUGCCAAAAGAUUAGAGUAUCUGUGGGAGAUGGGGUUCCCUGGUCCACCUGGAUUUGCCUUACACAGGUAUUUCAAGAGGCGGGUUUACAAAAUCAGGACUGUUUUAGGUAUUUUAAAGGAAAUAAUUGAAAAAAAAUACUCCAAACUCAACAUGUUUAAGCAAUUAUCAAUUUAAGAAGCCAGAGUAGAAGGGUGCAACUCUGCUUCUUGACUUACCACUGGACCCUUUGGAAGUUCUUUGCAUAUUCUUCCCCGAGUCUACAAUUCACACAACCAUAUUGUAGAGAAAAAAGAAUUACUGUUGAAUGUUUUCUCUUUGUGUUACUGAGUUCUUAAGAUUUCAAAUUUCACGUGUAUGGCAACGUUAUUAAAAGAAUCAAAUGAUGACAGUGUGUCUUUUGUUAUGUUGUUUUUUUUUUGGUUUUUUUUUUCCAAACUUGUUGAAUAAGUGUUGUAAUUUCAUCUGUAUGAAGAAUGCCAAAUAAACACUGCAACAUGUACCGCAA